AUGACGCAGGUGCUACCUGCGGCCACCAGGGGGCGCGCGGGCGCCACUGGAAAGCCCGCGGCUUCUCCCGCACCGCUGAAGGCCGGAUCAGCCUUGGAGCCAGCACGGCUGUGUCCGUCCCGGCGCCCGGGGCUCCGCCUGCGGCUCCCGCGCUCCAGGCCCGGCCCCGGCGGUCGGAGCGCUCGGGCAGCCUCGCAUCCCAGGUCCGAGCCGCGCGGCCGCCUGCAGGCUCCUGUGAGCCCGAGGACUGGCUCAGGCGCGUCUGCCGCAGGCCGCAGCUCAUCGCCGGGUUACCCCUGCUUACUCGAUUUAGGUUCCUUUUCUGACUCUUGCUUUCUGUAUCUUACGCUAAUUGAAAUUGGUCCAUCCGCGUCGAGGGCAGAUUCUCCACUGAUAGCCUUCCGGCAUGGGUCUCCAUUUCACACAGCCCACCCCGCUCCGGGCUCCGCCCCCGCCACGAGCUCCGCCCCCGCCACGAGCUCCGCCCACGGCGCCCAACGGCCAGUGCUCGUGCUCCGCCCCCCCGCCGCGGACUCCGCCCCCCGCCACAAGCUCCGCCCACGGCACCCAACGGCCAGUGCUCGGGCUCCGCCCACGCCGCGCGUUGGCCAGAGGUCUGGCGAGGCCCCGAGGGUCCCGGGCGCCGCCGACGGCUACGACGCGGACUCAGGUGUCUACUCAACUGAAGCCACCCAGCCACUCAAAAACUCCUACGUGGAUGCGCACAGUGGCUUUAUUCACAAUAGCCAGAAAGUGGAGACAGCCCACGCGCCUCUCAGGAAAACUCUUUCAGAAGAUACUAGCCGAUGUGCAGAGAGGACACUGUCGUCUCCUGACAAUGAAAUUCUCCAGGUCCUGCGCUGCUGGUUUUCUCCGAGUCUUGAACGUGUUCACUGCAGCCAGCAGUGUCUGCAGAGCCCAGGGUCCGCGCGCUCUGUGGAACAGUUCUGCAGAGUUUAUUCCGUGUCCUUCUCGAUGUGGUGUGGAGCAACCAUGCUAUUCCUGUCAUUUUCUUCAGAUGAAAAAAAUAAACCUUUUUUUAAAAAUCUGUCUUUUCUGUCUCUUUGCCUUUCAAAUAAAAACAAACUUGAAAGUGACCCCAGUGCUCUUCUCCUUCCCGUGAUGCACGCGUCGCGCCUUGGUCCCCGGGCAGAAUCCUGGCUCAGGGCAGAACAGAAGCACCUGUCCGUGCGCGUGCACGCUUACGCCCGCUCUCGGCACGGCUCCACAGCCCAGGGCUUCCCUCCCUCCCCGCCUGCCCGUGGUGCCCGGCGCUAUAGGAGGGAGCGCAAGGAAGUGGAUUCGGACUGUUAA